AUGCCUUUAUUCGUUAAGCUACCGUAUUGUUUCACCUCAGUAUUGAUUAAAACGACCACCGUUAAAUUCUUCUUAUUGGUUAUCUCCGCCAGUUUUCUUAUUUCCAUAUUGUUUAUACAGUUAACAAGCAAAGAAAAUUACAUGCCAGAGGACGACAAUAUUGUACAAGAGGCACUGGAAAAUAUCGCAAGAGAUUCUCGAUAUGUGGAGGUUUACAAAAAAAAGGAAUGGCUGUCGAAGGACCUUAAAUAUAUUUUGCUGUGGACACGGAAAGAUUAUGAACCGUUCCAUCAACUGGGAGAGGGGCAACGCGCAUUCAUUAAGUACAACUGUUCUAUGAUAAACUGUUACGUUACAGAUAACAGGUAUUUCUUCGAUGGUGAUACCACCAAUUUCGAUGCCAUAGCGUUCAACGGGCGCAAUAUUAAACACUUGACAAAAUAUGAGCUUCCAAAAUAUAGGUCGCCGCAUCAGAAAUAUAUAUAUUUCAAUAUGGAAUCUUCAGAUAAUUAUCCCGUGUGUAAUUCCAUGUUCGAUGAUUUUUUUAAUUGGACGGCGACAUAUAAAUUGAACUCUGACAUUCCAUUUACAUAUAUAAAAAUAAAAAAUCUUAACGGUGAAGUUGUGGGGCCGAAGGAGGAUAUGAAAUGGAAGGAAAUUCUAUCAGUUGAAGAAGAUGUAACGUUUAACGGGAAUAAAAGCAAGGCAGCGGCAUGGUUCGUGUCAAAUUGUUCUAGCAGAAGUGGAAGAAAAGCAUUAGUAAGGAAUUUACAAAAAUAUUUACAACAAUAUGGCCUAGCUGUGGACGUGUAUGGCGAUUGUGGCCCAUUGAAAUGCCCUAGACAUGCUAAACACAGUUGUGAUGAUAUGUUAGAACGGGAUUAUUUCUUUUACAUGUCUUUAGAGAAUUCAUUCGCGGAAGAUUAUGUUACAGAGAAAGUUCUGACAGCUCUGGAACAUGACACAGUGCCUAUUGUAUAUGGUGGUGCAAAUUAUACAAGAUUCUUACCCCCGGAUACGUACUUGGAUGCUCUGAAGAUGUCUCCCAGAGAAUUGGCCGACACCAUGGCUCGUUUGAUGCAGUCUCCUAUUUUAUAUAAUAGCUACUUCAGAUGGAAGAAUCAUUACACCUAUUACGACUCAUCCACGUCGGACAAUGUGUGCGCACUGUGCGCUGCACUUAACAAUGACACAUUAGUGGAACAACAGACGGUGUAUAAAAAUUUUAGGACUUGGUGGAAUCCUAAGUACAAAGAGCGAUGUUAA